AUGCUGCCUUCCUCCCGGACCCAGCUGGGGCUCUUCUUCAUCCUCCUCUGCCCCGCCAACAUCAUCGGGCUCUGGUGGGCAGUGGGGAGUCCCCUGGUCAUGGACCCCAACAGCAUCUGCCGCAAGACGAAGCGGCUGGGGGGGAAGCAGGCAGAGCUGUGCCAGCUGGAGCCGGAGAUUGUGCAGGAGGUGGCGAAGGGCACCAAGCUGGGAGUCCGGGAGUGCCAGUACCAAUUCCGCUUCCGCCGCUGGAAUUGCACCAGCCACAGCAAGUACUUCGGCAAGAUCCUGCAGCAGGUCAGGAGGCAGAGAGCCAGGGUGUGCAGGGUCACUCCUGCCUCUGGAGUCACCUGUCUUCACGCUGUCCUGGCAGAGAGCCAGGCCUGCAGCAUGGGCGAGCUGCUGCAGUGCGGCUGCGAGCUGACGCGGAGCCGGGCUCCCCCCUCGCCCACAGCGGGUCCAGGCACUGAGGGCACGGCCUGGGAGUGGGGGGGCUGCGGGGACGACGUGCAGUUCGGCUACGAGAAAUCCCAGCAGUUCAUGGAUGCCAAGAGCAAGAAAGGCAAAAAUGACAUCCGAGCUCUUAUCGACCUGCACAACAACGAAGCCGGGCGCUUGGCGGUGCGCAGCUACAUGAGGACAGAGUGCAAAUGCCACGGGCUGUCGGGCUCCUGCACCCUGCGGACCUGCUGGCGGAAGAUGCCCCAUUUCCGCGAGGUGGGGGACCGCCUGCUCGAGCGCUUCAACGGGGCUUUCAAGGUGAUGGGGGGCAACGACGGGAAAACCCUCAUCCCCGUGGGCGACAACAUCAAACCCCCCGACAAGCAGGACCUCAUCUAUUCGGCCGACUCGCCCGAUUUCUGCUCGGCUAACCGUAAGACGGGCUCGCUGGGCACCCGGGGCCGUGUCUGCAACAGCACGGCCAUGGACACGAGCGGGUGUGACCUGCUGUGCUGCGGGCGAGGGCACCGGGACGAGACGGUGGUGCUGGAGGAGAACUGCCUUUGCCGGUUCCACUGGUGCUGCGUGGUGCAGUGCCGCAAGUGCUCUGUCCGUCAGGAGCUCAGCCUCUGCGUCUGACAGCCUGGUGUCGGGCAAGGACAACUCGGGGGGCCACCCCCAGGCUCACUCUGCAGCUCCCCCCCAGGACAGACACAGGCUGAGCCGGUGGCAGGGAUGGAGGGGGGGAGCCCAGCUCUGC